CACAGUAUCCACAUGCCUGAAGCAGCAGAGCGUUGAUCUGUUCAGCUUUCUGUACUUUGUGAUUUCCCAAAUUGCUGUGCCAAGGACUCCGCUUUGCGUUCCUGCCUUCAUCAUCUCACCUGCAAGGGAAACCAGGGUUAAGGUUAUAAAGUGGAUCAGAUACAGACUUACUUAUAAGAAAGCAUGUUGAAGAUUCUGCUUUUUGCCACUUUGAUUCAGAGACUAUCAUCCCAAGAGACAGAUGAGACUAUAACUUUCACGCAAUGCACUGAUGGAUAUGAGUGGGAUCCCGUAAGGCAACAAUGUAAAGAUAUUGAUGAAUGCGAAAUUGUGCUAGAUGCAUGUAAAGGAGGGAUGAAAUGUGUUAACCACUUCGGAGGAUAUCUUUGUCUACCGAGAACUGCACAAAUAGUGGUUAAUAAUGGGGAGGAUGAUACAUCAGUCUCACAACCAGGAUCACAACAACCUAAUAAUCCAUCAACCUUUGUUGAGCCAGUCAACACACCCGAAGUGCAGCAGCCCGUGGUGGUUCCAAAUCCAUCUCAACGAAUGCAGUGUCCAGGAGGAUAUGAACUCAACGCACAAAAUAUGUGCCAAGAUAUAGAUGAAUGCAUAGCAGGAACUCAUAAUUGCAGGUCAGAUCAAGUAUGCUCCAAUCUUAGAGGGUCAUUUACGUGUGUGUGCCCCAGUGGAUACCAGAAGCGAGGAGAACAAUGUAUUGAUAUAGACGAGUGUUCAUUAUCCUCAUUUUGUCAUCAUCAUUGUGUCAACACACUGGGUUCCUACUAUUGUCAAUGCAACCAUGGCUUUCAGCUUGCAGUGAACAACUAUAGCUGUGUAGAUAUAGAUGAAUGUAACACCAGCAGUCCAUGUGCGCAGGAAUGCUACAAUACGAUCGGGACGUAUUUCUGCCGAUGUAGUCUGGGAUAUGAACUGAGCAGGGACAGAGUGAAUUGUGAAGAUAUAGAUGAGUGCAGAACCUCAAGCUAUCUGUGCCAAUACCAAUGUGUUAAUGAACCAGGAAGAUUCGCCUGCGUAUGCCCGGAGGGAUAUCAACUUGUGGGAACUCGAUCUUGUCAGGAUAUCAACGAAUGUGAAAGUAACACACAUGACUGCGGAGAAGACACAGUGUGCUGGAAUUACUACGGUGGAUUCCGAUGUUACCCAAGAAAUCCUUGCCAGGAGCCUUAUGUUCUGAUGUCUGAGAAUGUUGUUUGCUCUAUUUCCAGUCGCUGUGUUUGCCCAGGGGCAAAUCCUCUUUGUCGGGAUCAGCCAUACAGUAUUGUACAUAAAUAUAUGAGCAUCAGGUCUAACAGGGCAGUACCUUCUGACAUAUUCCAAAUUCAGGCCACCAUGAUCUAUGCCAAUACAAUCAACACAUUUAGGAUUAAAUCUGGAAAUGAAAAUGGAGAUUUCUACUUGCGGCAAACAAGUGGAGUAAGUGCCAUGCUUGUCCUGAUAAAACCCUUAACUGGACCCAGAGAACAUUUUGUCGACCUGGAAAUGGUGACUGUCAAUAAUCUCAUGAAUUACCGCUCAAGUUCAAUACUUCGAUUAACAAUAAUAGUCGGCCCGUACCAAUUUUAGCAGUUCUGCUUAAUAACCCAACACUGGAACAAAAUAAUAUCAUCAGCAGUACAUUACUUUUAUUUAUAGAUCUUCUUUGUUUAAAACAUGUUAGAUAUGUACUCUAGACACACUGAAGAUCUAUGGUAUUUCAUACAGUAGAUCCUGAAUAUUUCCAUUUUUAGUUUUUAACUUUGUAAAUUCAAUUAUGCUGAUACUUCUCACAUUAACAGUAACUAUAACCGGACAUUUUUGUUUAUAUUGUGUAAAUAUCCUGCAGUUACUAUGGAUUUAUAUGUGUUUCUGUUGUUUAUGGUACAUUUAAUUUUCUUGCGAAAUGAUUUACCAAACAGAUUUUUGCAUUGGUGAAAUGAUCACUGGGGCCAUUUAACUAAAUGUUCUGAAACAUUUGGUUGCUUUCUACUUCACAUUCACACCUAGUAUGUGGAUAACCCAUAUGUGGAUGCUCCCUAAAGAACAGAUCUAACAAUCUGGUUGUUUGUUAAUUAGAUAAAUCUUUAUAUAAUGGAUAGAUUUUGAGGGUUCUUCCAUUUUACUGUUUUUUGGGUUGUGGUUACACUGGUCUAGAUUUUUAUAUCAUGAACCAAAAAGGCAAUCAAGUAAAAUAAACUUAUGUCAAGAUUGGUCUAAAGAUGGAGCUCUUCAUUUGAUACUUGCAAAUAAAGACAAAAAAA